GACAACGUGGUUCCAGCGGAGGCCCAUGCCUACAUCAACCACCGGGUGCACCCUUCACAGUCGGUGGCUGAGGUUUUAGAGCUUGACCGGCAGCUGCUGGGUGGACUGCCCAAUGUCUCCCUGGAGGUUCUCUAUGCCAUGGAGGCACACCCCGUGUCACCGCAUAGUGAGCAAGAGCUGGGCUUCCGUGCCAUCGCCUGCAGUGUGCAGAAGAUCUUCCCCGAGGCAAUUCCUGUUCCUGCCUUGUCAAUAGGAAACACGGACACACGGCACUACCUGGACCUUACCCGAAACGUGUACCGGUUCUCGCCAGCACUCCUCACACCACAAGAGGCCUCUAGUCGUUUCCAUGGUGACAACGAGCGUAUCUCGCGCCCAAACUACGAGCGCCUUGUCAAUUUUUAUCGGCUCGUUAUGCGUUAUGCUGAUCAUGCUGGUAUUUCACCCCAGUCACGUGACGAGCUUUAGGCUGCCGCGCCUGCUUCAGCCUUUGUGUGAGCAGAGUGUGCAGUAUUGACUCGUGGAAGUUGGCCUAUGUAAUAUCAACAUGAGUGAAAUGCAAUGAUUUUAGCAGCCGGCAUUCUGAAGCGCCAUGUAACAUGUAUAGUUGUGCCGUGAAACGGCCCUGCAAAUGGUUUGAGGGCACAUGUGGGGCUUUUGCGCCAUUACGCUAAGCACGUAUGCUUCAGCGAAUCUGCACAUAGCACAUAUGGAAAGUUCAAGAAUGUUCUGUGCAUGAGUGAUUGCAUUUCACUCGUGGCUGAUUGUACACUGCUGUAAUACUGAAUAACACUGCACGAGUGUCAGUUGGCAAGUUUGUCAGUAUUACAUGGCAAACUGUGGCAGCAAAAUUGUAGCUAAGCAUAGAAAGGUCACUUGCAAUGCCUGUCUGUAUAUUUUUUCACAAGCAUUGUUCAUUAUGGUACAAAUCACUAAAAAUGUGAUAACAAAUAUACAUUUAGCUAUACAGUAUCAGUGCGCAUGUCACAAGUUUUCUCAUCCUGUAGCAGUCCCAUAUGCAUUUUCAUAAUCACUUUGUCAGCAGCAUCCACAAAUGCGGCAUAUGGUGCUGACUGGAUCAUUGGUAUGCAUUCAUCCGAUUUUUUUAAAAUAUUGCAAAGGUGUACAUUUGCAUUUGAAUGGUAUAAGUGCAAUAAUACAUGAUACACACUGAUAUGAAAAGUGUCCUGAACUUUACACAGAUAUUUAAUGGAUUGAUACUUCGAAAGUUAUGCUGACAAAUAAUUUUUUUCCUGUAUUUUGUUUUUUAGUAUUUCACGCCCCAUGCAGUGCAGUAAGGUAUAGAGAGCAAGGUUGGGCAUGCAAUCUUUUAUGUUUUUUUCUUUAAGUCAAGAAGUGAGAAAACAGAAUGAGACAAUAUUGUGCAACAAACAGUUUGUGACCAAACAACUCGAAUAAAAGGACACUAACAGCAAAUGUUAAGGCAUUUUAGACUGCAGAGGUAUUCUUUCCAUACCUUACCUUAUUCCAAUUUCUUUGGUGGGUAAAAGCAAUUUGCUUUUAAUGAAAAAAGUGUAGGCCAAUCUCCGCGUUAUUGAAUUUCGUGCCUAAACUGGAGUGUUGGUGAUGUCAGUGUAUUGUUGCAGACUUCAUAUAACAUUUUUGUGCAACUAAGGCCGUCAUUUUUAUGCUGUAGAGGUUGCCAAGCUGAGUGUUGGUUUAGAUCGUAGCCGACUGUAACACGUCUUUCUGACAAAUGAUUAACCCUGAAUAUGCACUUGCAAACACCGUAAUGUCAUGCAAAUCUCGCACGGUAAUGUCAAAGCAGCAUCGGCACCUGUCUUCCUUAUUUUCUUUCUUUUGGCAUUACUUAGCAUACACAAUGAGGCUGACUGAUUUGCCAUUACUGAGGCAUAACCUAGCCAUAUAUCUUGACUUAACAUUUAUCUGCGGUGUCUCUUUAUGAGUAGUGAGGGCUGUUUGGUUCUGCAUCUCAGGGACAUAUCAUAUGCAUCACAGUGGAUUGUCCUUAUUUGUGCAUGUAUCGAAAUGAUAGUUUUAGCAUUCUGCGUAGACUCUACCGUUACGCUGCCACCACCAUUACACCAGCUUUGCGCUUGCUAUCUAAGCCACACCAGAUGCAUAAAGCUUAAGUUAGUGCGUAGAGAGCUAGCUGCAGUGCUGGUGGUGAAAUGGAGGUGGUAGGCUAAAACUCUCUAAUGACAUAUAAGGGCCUGAACUGACUGUUUGUUGCAACGCUGUUCAGUGGUCACAUUGAGCUAUCUGCACCAGUGUCAGCAUACCAAUGGCAGAUGGUAAACAUUGCGCUAGGUUGACGGGCAGCAGCUGUUCUCGAAUGCCCUUAGCGUUCAUUCAGCACAAGAAGCAGGCGGAAAUAUUUGGAGCCGGCGGCAGAUUGCCCCUUGUUUCUUCGUGGGGCGCCUGUGAAGUCAUUGUCUUCCUGUGUGAUCUCACAUAUUUUGACCGUGGGAUAUGACCACUUGACUACCAGAUUGUGUUUGCUUUUAGUUUUUACGCAGUGUAGUUUAGUUUUUUUAUUUGUGAGCGAGUUGUUGAAAACAGCAUGUGACAUUGUACAGGUUUGCACCCUGUAAGUAAAUGUCCAGCUUUCGUGCAUACCUGUUUUUCUGGCAUAAACAGUAGUGAAGCAUAUAGCAUUUUGAAAGUGUAACCUAGCUGUGUUAGUGUGACCUGAUUAUACAUUCCUUUUUUGUAUACCUGUAUGUGCUGUUGUCCAUUGUUCAUGCUUGCCCUAUGACAAGUGAGUCACAAUAGGAAAAUGUUGGUGUUCAGAAUGAAAUUGCCUCUACAGUAAUCAUUUGCUGGGCAUGCACUUUUAGGGUGAACUCAAUGUUCAGAGCUUCUCAGGUGGAUAUUACGAGAGAGAGACUCGUAGAUUGGUGCACCACCCACAGGCUAUAUUUUCCUGUUUCAUUGCCAUCCUGCAUGUGAACAGAUUGGACAACAUUAGUGAAUGGCCACCUCUAUGAUGUAAUGUCAUUCUGAAGGCUGCGUAAAAGCGAAAAUGCUGUUGAAAGUC